AAGCGAGUUGUGGGGGAAGGUAGAUGGCGGGGUGCUAUAUGCGAACCAAAGGGCAAUUCCUACUCUUGAAUGGUUCGAGCACUCUACUGUUGUAUGGCUGGUGCAGAUGUUUCCCUUCUACCCCCAGGUGUUGGCUCUUCCAGCUCUUCUCUCUGGGAUCUUAUGGGCAAUGCCAUGGUCAUGACUCAGUAUGUCCGCCUCACACCAGACAUGCAGAGCAAACAGGGGGCCGUGUGGAACAGAGUGCCCUGUUACCUGCGAGACUGGGAGAUGCAGGUCCAUUUUAAAAUCCACGGGCAAGGCAAGAAGAACCUGAAUGGGGACGGCUUUGCCAUCUGGUACACCAAGGAUCGCAUGCAGCCAGGGCCCGUGUUUGGGAGCAAGGAUAACUUUGUGGGGCUGGGGGUGUUUGUAGACACCUACCCCAACGAGGAGAAGCAGCAGGAGGCUCAGAAGAGGAGGUAUACCCCUGGAAACCAGCGUGUGUUCCCCUACAUCUCGGCCAUGGUGAGCAAUGGCUCCCUCACCUACGACCACAACCGGGACGGCCGGCCCACCGAGCUCGGCGGCUGCACGGCCAUGGUGCGCAACCUCAACCACGACACCUUCCUGGUGAUCCGCUACGUCAAACGGCGGCUGACGAUCAUGAUUGACAUCGAUGGCAAGCAUGAGUGGCGGGACUGCAUCGACAUGGCGGGGGUCCACCUGCCGCGGGGCUACUUCUUUGGGACCUCUUCAGUCACGGGAGACCUCUCAGAUAACCAUGACAUCAUCUCCCUGAAGCUCUACCAGCUGACGGUGGAGCGGAGCCCAGCGGAGGAGAAGCGGGAUAAGGAAGUGUUCCUGCCCGUCGUGGACAACAUGAAACUGCCCGGAGUGGAGGCGCCUCUGGAACCCAUGAGUGGCCUGGCCCUGUUCUUAAUCGUGUUCUUCUCCCUGGUCGCCCUGGUGUUUGCCAUUGUCAUCGGCGUCAUUGUCUACAACAAAUGGCAGCAGCAGAGCCGGAAACGCUUCUACUGACCUGGCGCCUGCCUUGGGGGACCAGCAGCUCUGCGGAGGGGGUCCCGUGCCAGUGGCUGGCAGCGGGGAAGCCCAGGCUAGCACUCGGAAAUGCCUGUUCAUCCCGGACUUUGUGGAGCGUGACGAAUGACCCCUUGGGAGGCUGCUGCUCUCGUCGAGCGGGGCGAUUCCAGCUGGACCCCGGGGGAGCAGGCUUCGUGUGACGUGUAGGGCAGCAGGGACACUGGCCCCCCGGCCCUGCAGGCUGGCUCACUGAGGCGUGCUUCCCCCUGGCCCGCGGGGAGCCGGGAGCGCUUGCUCUGCAGGGCACGUGGGGCUGAACGUUGCAGCGACUCUGGGGGGGGUGACUGCUCUCUGGGGCAGUGCCACAGCGUGACUGGCUGGCCAGGCCCUGACCACUAACCCCUAGAACAGCCCCACUGGUGUGAGGCUGGCGCUUGGCCAGACAAAAUGCUCCUUGCUGGGUAGUGCUGCGCCCUCCAUGGCCCCUGCGGGACCCUCGCUGCCUGCUGCUGGCCCCCGGCGGCUUUCCUGGCUCAGUGCUCUGCUGGCAGCUGAGCUGAGCUGCCUGCUGCUGCUAGCGUCUAGCCCCCUCCUUCUCCCUGCCAGCCGGGCUUUGCUGCUGGGGCAUAGCCACUGACGUCUCCGUGCUGGCGCGGGAGUCCUGUGGACCCUGCACAAGGGUCUGGUGUCACUUGCUGCUGAGCGUGGGAGGGUGCUGGGCGAGGGACGGCUAGUCCCCCACCUCCCCUCCGUUCACGUGUGAUCAUGUUGCUGCCCAGGGACUGCUGUAACCCUGGGGUCUGUUUCAUAACCAGUUGCUGCUGUCAGGGGGCCCGUCCCUCCCCCGCUGGGCCAUUCUUUGCAUGCAAUGCUGCUUCCCCUUUGGGGACCGCACUGGGAGCCCCCUUUGCCUGGGGCUGUUGCAUGUCACUUGUCCUGUGAGUGGGGUCAGUGUCUCGUGAAAGGCCCAGCUCUCCUGCCUUGGUGCGUGGAUUGGAAGGACACCGAUCGGGGGCUGGCCUGGCAGAGAGCUUGGCCAUGCCGGGGGAGAGCGCCGAUCCCUCCGGACGCUCUGCUGCUGCCUGUCAGGGAUGGUCGGCGAUUUCCUGCCUCGGGCUGCUGGCUGUGAAGGACUCCUGGCUUUCGGGCGGCCCUGCUGACGGUGCAGGCUCCGGGAACAGAGUCAGCAUCCAGGGACUGUUCCAUCCUGUGGUAUCACUGGGCCUGUAGCUGUGCUCAGGUGGCCCAGGGCUGGUUGAAAUCCCACGCCAGGGCCAGGUUCUAGUUCCCUGGCCCUCCUGCCCUGGUGACAGUGCUAGGGGAAGCAGUGAUGGGCCUGGGAUGAAGCUGGGGCAGAGGAAAAGCCCAGACUCCUCAGAGGCUCCUGGCCGUUCCCGGCAGCCUGGAUCCUGCCGGCCUCCGUACCUCAGGAGGCCCAAGGGCCCGGCCAAUUACGGGGCAUGGUCGUCGGCCCAGACCACAUGGCUUGUGAUGGGCUGUUUUUCUUUAAGUGCCUCAGUUCUUGGGAGCCCAGCUGGAGACCCCUUUGUGCAAACCAGGCCCCCUCCCUGGCUCUCCGCCUGGGCCCCAAGCCCCCGUGGCCUUGGCUGCUGGCUCUGCUCUCUGGAAGGCCAGGGCGGUGCCAGCGUGGAGCAGCGCUGCCGGCCUGUGGCACAGACGAAGCAGCCACUCUAGCUUGGCGACCAGCCAGAGGCGUCUGAGCUGUGCUGGUGGCGGCGGCUUGGCAGGAGGGUCUCCAAUCCGCAGUGCAGCAGAGGAGCAGGUAGGAAUCUGCUUGUUGCCCGGGGGCCUUGUGGUCUCUGAGGGUCUGGGGGGGAGGGCAAGACAGGGCUGGGGAAGCCACUGGCCUUGCUGCAGCCCCAGAGGUCCAGGCCCUGUGCCAGUAGGAUAACUGGCCUUAUUGAAGGGGGGAGGCUGCAGGCCCCAGCUGGGUGCCUGUGCUCACUGGGCUCUGAGCUGCACCUGCUGCAGUGUCUGAGUUCCAGCCUUCACAGCCUCUGACGUGUCCCUCCGCAGUUUCCUCCCUUGGGCAGAGCCUUGGUCCCCGGGAAAAGCCGUGCUGGAGCUUCGGGAGGUGCGGCCCUCCUCCCUCUGCAGAGGGUCUGACGACGGCUAAGUCUGCACUGGUCCGGUUGUGAUCCCCGAGCGCAGCACGGGACAGCGCUGGAAAGCAGCCGUGUGCACUGGGCUGCAGCUCCCAGCGCUGCCCUUUCCCCGCGGAGGCGGCUCGCACGGGAACUGCCAAGUGCAGACAAAGCCUUAGAUUCGUCUGCUCUCCCCACCGCUUCCCUGAGCACCCUGUUGGGAAGGUGGCAGUCGUGUGGCCUUUGCAGCAGCAGGGGGGCUUGGGCUAGGGGAGGUUUACACGUGGCACAGCAGUUGUGCAGUCUGCAUCUCUGGAAGUGUGAGCGCGUGCCUGUUUGUGCAAGGGUGCCUUGGGUCUUGGAAAUAAACCCACGUCCCACGCGCA